UCUUAUGUUUUUGAAGUCGUUGAAGUUGUUGACGUUAACAUAACCUCAUACUAUCUCUUGAACGUUAUCACAAUUAUCGCAAUUUUAUACUUUAAGAUCGAAUUAUUCACAAUAAAACGAGUGAAAUCCUAUAAUCUGAGGAGCAGAAAAUUUAAUGCAAAAUUUAAGACCUGAUUUAAAAUCAAAGGGCGGAUACGAUGGAAGAAGCAACAGAAUCUCUAAUUUUAGAAGCUUUGAGAAAUGGGGCUUCUCUGAAGUCUGUGAACAACUAUGGAGAAAAUUUGUUGCAUCUUGGUGCAGCGAAUGGCUAUUUUCGAAUUGUAAAACAGAUUUUGGAAAAAGGGGCUUGCGACAUUGACCGUAAAAAUGUUUUCGGAUGGACUCCAUUGAUGCAGGCUAUCAGGAAUGGAAAAAUUAAUUGUGCCGAAAUUCUCCUCGCUAAUGGUGCAAAUGUCACUGAAUCUACUUAUCUUGGUAUGUCAGUAAUUGGAUUGGCAACAGCAGUAGGCAAAGAAAUGUUUGAAACCGUUUACAAAUGUUGCCCUUCUGCACUUGAAAUGACAAAUUUAGACGAGGUUGGUCCACUGAGCAUAGCAGCAAUGAAAAAUGACAAAGAUUUAUUCUUAAGACUUUCGGAAUUAGGAUUGGAUCCUGCAGAAGCAAACACUUCCGCCCAUUUGAUGAUGAAAUCUUCCAUGAUUCCGGAAAUAUAUUCAUUGGCCAAGCCUAUUGAAGAGACAGAAUCCUACUGGAAUGAUUACGCCGACAAUAUUGCAACAUUUGAGAAACAAAAUGAUGAUAAUCCAAAUGUGCCACCAGGCAAUAAAAUUGUUGUUCCAAAAAUUUGUAUUCAGGAAAUCGAAGCAGAAAAUCCGAGACCUUUGGAAUUAAAUAAAAUAAAGAAACCUAAUUUGACAAUUCCUCUUCAAGAAACAAAUACGCAAUCUAAAAGUUUGAUUUCGCCAACGCUUACUUACAAUUUUGAUGGCGCUUUUCCUCCUUCGCCAAAUCCCGUUUUUUUGAGAGAUGAAAAUAAUAUUUUUGAAAAUAAUGAUAUAAAUGAGGAGUUCUUUUUUAUGGAGGUUCAUGAUCUGAAAUCAAAUUCUUAUAUUGUUUGUGAUCGUCCUUUGCGCAGAUGCCAAAAGUUCCGUCCUCCCGAUUUGGAAUUUUUAAACGAUUCUGCAGAUUUAAAUUCCACUCUCAGUUUUGUACCAGAGUAUAGUCCAACAAAAUCGCCGAAUGUCCCUCCUGAAAUUGAAGAUGAAAAUGCAGUUUUUGGGGAAUCUACUCCAACUCCUCCCCAUGCAAAAACACCGCCGAGAGCUUUUAUCCUCACUCCUAAAGAUGCGCCGAUAGCUUUUUUGCUUCAUAAAUACGGCUUGGGUCGUCACAUUUUGACAUUUUUAGAACAAGAGGUGGAUGUAGAAUUAUUUCUGACUCUAAGCGACGAGGAUUUGAUAGAAAUUGGAAUUAAAAAUGAUACAGAGAGAUUCACUUUACUCUCCGUGAUCGACGAGUGCAAGAAACUGGGAGUUUUUUAAUUAAUCAAAAAUAAGUAGCUCAUAUGUCUUUAAAUUUGUAUUAAAAAAUGUAAAACUGCUCUUCAGAUUUCUUGGAAAUGAUCCGAGUUUCAAAAAAAUAGAUUUAUUAUCAAAAUUAUAUUUUUUAUGAAUUAAAAUUUUUUUCUAACUA